AUGGCAGCCGGUGCAGAAGACGACCCCGACAGCCUCGUGACUCUAGCGACAGUAUGCUGCCUGAGGAACCUCAGAAAGACCAUUUGCAGUCAGAGAGUGACUAAAAAGCUCUGCCUGAACAUUGGCCUCUUUCUUCCCAGUCAUAUCUGUGACAAAUUCGUCAACAUGUACAUGGAGUUGGUCCAUACAGACGCUAGCUUUGAAAUGGAUGAAAGCUUCCUCCAACUAUUCUCAGAACCUCGUCGCACCAGUCUUACCAGGCUGCGACUGAAAGUGGACUUUGGCUUCGACAAACACUUACAAGCUAUGAGAAAACAGGACCUAGAUGAGCUGGACCUUUCCUACUGCUACACUCUAUCAUCACGAAGCUUGAAAACACUGACCUGCUUCCGUGAGACGCUGGUCUCUCUUUGUCUCUUUGGCUGCGGUCACAUAUUCUCUAGCAAGAGCCGUACAUGUAGGCAGGGAUUAGGGACGGACUUUAACUUUCAGGGUUUUAACCGCCUGCGGUCACUCAGGCUUGAUGGCCUACCAGAUGAAGUGCGUGCUGAGACCCUCCUUAAACCCUUGAAGUCAAUCACCUCAUUAGGUCUGUCCAACGUAGAGUUACUGGAAACAGCUUUUCUAACUCAGUGGAAAGAUAGACUGGAGUCUCUUGUCCUCUACAAUGUGGACCUUUCAGAUGACUGGGAAAAUACUGUGGUGGAACUUGUCAAUCUCAAGCAUCUGGAUGUCUCGCGGGGUUGUCAGAGGACCUUCAAAUUUCAGAUGACCGGAAAAAUCCUGAUGACCAUCGUUCAGCGACUGGUCAAUCUGGUUUCACUGGACAUUUCGGGUCACAUCGCGAUUGAGAACUGCACAGUUCCGCACUCGGAAGAAGCUAUGGGUCCACCGAGUAUUGAGCCGUGCAAGAGCAGCAUCUACCCUUUCCGAGAGCUGAGGAGGCCCCUGCAGUUUUUGGGCUUAUUUGACACCAACCUUUGUGAAGUGACACACAUCCCGGCUUAUAAGGUGACUGGAUCAAAGAACGAAGACCAACUCCUGAAUGCUAUUGAAGCUUACACUGAGUUUCACCCCGUAUUGGCCUACAUUGCCCUCAACAGAAUAUUUCUCAGACUUCAAACCCAGGAAGCAGUUUUCCCGCUGUGCCGGGCGGUCCCGCUUCUUGUAGCAGCAUUGAAGUGCCAUAAAUAUGAUAAGAACAUCCAGGUGAUGGGUAACUCUGCCCUCAAAAUGCUGGUAUGUUCAGCAGACUGGGAAAGAGACUGUCAAAGUGACCUAAGUGUGAGGCUUCGCCAAGAGAUCGUUCGACUUAUUUUAAAUGGAAUGGAGCCGUACCAGGACCCAGAGAGAAUGUUCAACUUCUUACGGAAAUGCAUGCAGCGUGAACCAUGGUGCAUCGCCUUUGAACCAUUUUGGGAAGCUCUGGAGCAUCUUACUAAUGAGAGCCCAUACAUUUGUCAAAUGUUCCUCGAUUGUCAGGGAGUGAGGCUCUUCAUGGACCUUUAUAGAAAGUUUCCAAGUUGGAAGGAGCUGCAUCGCAACAUGAUGGACGUCCUGAUUAAUGUUGUCAUGGUCAAAGCACUACGACCGCAGCAUGUCACGCCACAGUUCAUCAAUUUUCUCAGUAACCUACUAGACAGGGAGGCUCAUGGGAUGAUAACCUCAUUCUUUGCCUGUGGUCUACUUUCCCACAUCAUGUUUGGUGGACCAGAACAUUGGGCCAUGAAAAAGCCAUCAAGAGACACCGUGAUGCACAAGAUGCGGGACGCCAUCCAGAGCUGGAACGUAAGACGUGUCGACAUCAACUACAGGUCAUUGAAAACAAUCUUCACACUUUUGCCUCAAAGUACCGCUCUUAUUAGUCAACACUGGGCUACGUGGGCUCUGUACUAUCUGGUGUCAGUUUCCCCGAGCAGGUACUGUCCCUUGCUCAUUAAAGAAGGAGGAAUUGAACUUCUGAAGAGAGUUGUGGAGUUGGAAAGCUCGCUGCCCGAGACUAAAAGCGUGGCCCUGUAA